AUGGCUUCAUGUCAAGUUAACCUCCCACACAACUUAGACCUCAUUCUUGACAAUGCUGAUGAUCAAUCCCUGAAAGACAAAGCCCGUGAUAAGCUGAUUGAUGAGCUUCACGCUGGAGUUUUCCUGAACAACAAGAAGCAGAAGUUUUUUGUUGACAUGAUUACUAGUGCCAACUCAUUCGAAUUGUAUGCGACGGAUCUCUUAAUCGCUUGGGGACAAGAUACACGUUAUUGGAAGUGGACUUCUAUGAAAGACACUAUUGGUGUUCAAAUGGAGAUGGCUGAACUAGUGGAAGUAUGUUGGCUUGAUGUGAAAACAAAUUUCCCUACACAAAUGCUAACUCCAGGGACUUCUUACGAAGUUUCAUUUGUCUUAAAGACGAAGGGGGGAGCUGAAGGAUUUGCAAAGUCUCCAGUGACGCUGAAGCUCGACCUCCCCAACCAAAAGCCAGUUGAACGCACGGAAGAUUUAAGUUAUAUGCAAGGAGAAAAAUGGAAAGAGAUCCGAGUUGGUGAGUUUGUAACUUCAUGUAACAUGUCUGGGAACAUGAAAAUCUUAAUGUAUCACCACGAUGAUUUUACGAUUAAGAAAGGGCUUGUCGUCAACAAAAUCAUCAUUCGCCCAACGACAAGGAAAGUGUUUAGUGGGAAGAACUACUGGGGUGGUCUCCUGGAAGAUCCUCAUGUUGAUCUCAGAAAGUAUAUAACUUUCUAUGGUGAAAGAGUUGAUGCAAUUUAUGACUCCAUCAAUGACGAUAAAACUGAUCCUUCGAGGUUUGGCUUUCCCAAAUACGAAGAAACAAAACUAUUUUCUGAAGUUGGCCUGGAUAAAGACAACAAAAGCAAGAUAUACGAAGUGAAAAAGUAUAUCUAUGCCAAGAUCGAUGUUCCUUUCCCAGUUGAGUUGGUUAGCCAGGACAGAUCCACUUGGAUAGGUUACGUGGCUGUGGCCACAGACUAUGGAGUAAAAGUGUUAGGAAGGAGAGACAUUUUGGUUUGCUGGAGAGGAACCUCCUCUGACGCGGAGUGGAUUAGAAUUUUCAGUUCCUCUAACCUGUGUGAAGACAUAUUCCCUUCAUCCGUCAUCCCACGGUGCACCAGGGAUUUCACUCCAUCUACACAACGCCAAAAUCGGCUUCCAAAAAAACAAGUGCUAGAGAUCAGGUUUUCGAGGAAGUUAGAAAAUGGGGAAAUGAAUACCAAAACGAGGAACAGUAUAACAGUAACAGGGCACAGUCUGGGCGCAGCUCUUGCUACAAUGAAUGCAGUUGACAUGGUUUCUAUGGAUAAUAUGCCCAUUUCCAAUCCAACAAGGAAUUCUUGGUCACAGCAUUCGCGUUUGCGAGCCCCAAGGUUGGAGACGUUGCUUCCAAACUGA